AUGAAUUUCAAUGACAGUGGAGCAUGUGUUACACAGUGUCCACAAACCUUCGUGUACAAUCCAACCACCUUCCAGUUGGAGCACAACUUCAAUGCGAAGUACACAUAUGGAGCAUUCUGUGUCAAGAAAUGCCCACAUAACUUUGUAGUAGAUUCCAGUUCUUGUGUGCGUGCCUGCCCUAGUUCCAAGAUGGAAAUAGAAGAAAAUGGGAUUAAAAUGUGUAAACCUUGCACUGAUAUUUGUCCAAAAGCUUGUGAUGGCAUCGGCACAGGAUCAUUGAUGUCAGCUCAGACUGUGGAUUCCAGCAACAUUGACAAAUUUGUUAACUGCACAAAAAUCAAUGGGAAUUUGAUCUUUCUUGUCACUGGUAUUCAUGGGGACCCUUACAAUGCAAUUGAAGCUAUUGACCCAGAGAAACUGAAUGUCUUUCGCACAGUCAGAGAAAUAACAGGUUUCUUAAACAUACAAUCAUGGCCUCCAAACAUGACUGACUUUAGUGUUUUUUCCAACCUGGUGACCAUUGGUGGACGAGUACUCUACAGUGGCCUCUCCUUGCUCAUCCUCAAACAGCAAAGCAUCACCUCUCUGCAGUUCCAGUCCCUGAAGGAAAUCAGUGCAGGAAACAUCUACAUCACUGACAACAGCAACCUGUGCUACUAUCAUACCAUCAACUGGACAACACUCUUCAGCACCAUCAACCAAAGAAUAGUGAUCCGGGAUAACAGAAAAGCUGAAAACUGUACUGCUGAAGGGAUGGUGUGUAACCAUCUGUGUUCAGGAGAUGGCUGUUGGGGACCUGGCCCAGACCAGUGCCUGUCGUGCCGCCGCUUCAGCAGGGGAAGGGUCUGCAUCGAGUCGUGUAACCUCUAUGAUGGUGAAUUUCGGGAGUUUGAGAAUGGCUCCAUCUGUGUCGAGUGUGACUCCCAGUGUGAGAAGAUGGAAGAUGGUCUCCUCACAUGCCACGGACCGGUAAGCCUGGAGACAUUCUUUG